UGAUAAGGGUGCCAAAAUGGUCACACAUAUGAUUUUGUGCUCAAUCUGAUAGGUGCUAAGCUUAAUCGGCUUAUCUAAUUACAGUUGCACUAAAACUUGCACUUUAUGCAAAGAGUUCAGAAAAAUCUAGACAAAUGGCAGUAAAGCACUAUCUUGAAACAAGCAAGGUGAUUUAAAAACAAAAAAAGGGGAAAAAAAGACCAUUACUCAUCAGAAAAUGCUUUGCUCUCUUUCUAGGUGUGUUGAAUCUGCAGGAAUUUCCGUCGCGACCAUUCCCGUGGCCUGUUGGCGUGAUUCCGGCUAAAUCGUUUAGUUUCGGAAUUGCGUUUUGAGAGGUGCCCGGUGGAUCUGGCUAACGUGUGUCUCUUGUGGGCACAGUGCAUUGGUUCUGGGCUGGUGGAUGGUUAUCUUAGUCGACUUUAUAGCCCUGCUCUUUCACACAUGCGAUUGCCGCUGAUAUACCCAGCAAUUUCUCUGAUUCUGUUGUUUUACAGGAAACAUCUUUCAGUCUGAUGUUUUUUUUCCCCCCUCAGUUUCUUUUGCCGUUUGAUUGUUCAGUUCAUUGAUCAUUUAUGAAAUUAAAAUCGCAAGAGUGUCAGUGUGUAACUACGAAUACUACUUCUGUGCGUUCUUUUUCUUUAUUUUUUAAAAAUCUGGCACAUACUCGUGAACAUGAUUUUGUAACAUCGGGUGUUUUUGGGCGUUCAGUUUUUUUUAAAGCCCUGCUUGUAUAACAAUACAGUAAAAUUCACGUUCACUCAUUUAUAUUGUCAGGAAUUGUCACAAUUGUAUCUUAAAAUUAGAACUGGCAAUUUUUUUUUCUUUGCUGUUUUAUGACUUUUGGUUUGGGAGUGUAUGUAUGAUGUGCAGACAGUCCGCGUGAUGGCUUGUGUGAGCUUUUUGUUGUGAGGACAAUCUGCUAGACUUUUCAGGUUCUAAAGAUUUUAUGGAUAAAAGAGUGGAUGAAAGCUUAGCUGCUAUCAAGUCAAAACAGCAAAAAAAAACAUUCCAAUUUUCAGAAUUCCCCUGGUAUUUUUUUUAAUUUUUUUUUUUUUUUAAAGGGUGCCCUCAAAAUGUGAAUGAUCAAAUUCAAAAAAAGUUUCACACCAGUUUAAAUUGAUAACAUUUUGCUGCCUUGUCUUGGAGCUAUUUUUUUGGUGACUAGAAGUACUCAUUUUUAGUGUGUGGCCGUCACUAUAUUUGUACGUUUGGUUAUUGGGGACUGUCUGCAUAUUGUAUGUUCUGUCUCGACUGCAGAAACCAAGAACUACUGCUCGUGAAGAAGUGACUUCGUACAAAACGGAUGGUGCAGCCUUUUCUCGCCGGCAAGAGCAGCAGCAGACUUGCAUCAACUGACUGCUGAAAAACUUCUGUUGACAGUGCUGCCUUUGGAAGUGAAGAGUUUUAUAGCAAUAUAAAUGGAGAUGAGCAAAAUGUCACUCAGGACUGUCAUCUUUGCGCCAACGGGCUUGUUGUGUGGGUGCCUUGGUAAUCGCCGUGGAUCCCUUCGCAAUCGCAGUGGUUUUCUGUAGUUUGUAUAUUUCCUACCAGUCUCAGAGCGUGUGCAUUUUUGAACUAUUUUUUUGUAAUAAACCAAAAUAUUUUGGUGAAAUGCGACUUGUUUGGUUAUUAUCUAACUACUACAUGCAUUUCUUUAACGUCAAUAUGUUGUCAUUUCUGAUGUAUUGGGGGGGAAAAAAACAUUUAGCUAGUUAGGGGUCGAUGCAAAAGACAUUUUUCGCGCCGUAAGCAGGAUAGUGGAGCGGCGCGCUCACACACCCCGUGUGCGUCUUGUGGUUUCCGCAAGAGCUUGCUAACCAAUGGUAAGCCAUUAGCUAUCAUAGCUAAUGCAUGUGACGCCAUUUCGGUCUUGCAAGUCCACGGGUGCCAUUGUGAGGGUGAAUUGUAAAGGCCAGUCAAAAUGGUGAAGAUAUUUAUAGGCAACCUGUCCCCCAACACAACAACAGAGGAGCUCCGUGCCCUCUUCUCUCAAUAUGGGAAGAUCUCGGAGUGCGACAUCGUCAAAAACUUCGGCUUUGUACACAUGGACGACAAAUCGGAAGCAGAGGAGGCCAUCCGCAACCUUCACCACUACGAGUUAAACGGCCAGGCCAUGAAUGUAGAGCUGAGUCGAGGCAAACCCAGAGCCUCCACGAAGCUCCACGUGGGAAACAUCAGCAGCAGCUGCACCAAUCAGGAGCUCCGCGCCAAGUUUGAGGAGUACGGCCCUGUGGUCGAGUGUGACAUUGUCAAGGACUAUGCGUUUGUGCACAUGGAGCGAGUUGAAGAUGCCAUGGAGGCCAUCAGUGGUCUCGACAACACGGCCUUUCAAGGCAAACUGAUGAGUGUGAAGCUCUCGACUAGCCGCCUGCGCACCGUGCCGGGGAUGGGAGAGAGGACGGGUUGUUAUCGCUGCGGGCAGGAAGGCCACUGGUCUAAAGAGUGCCCUUUGGACCAGAAUGGCUCCUAUCGUGGUGACGGUGGCGGUGACAUGGGGCCCGGCGGCUCCAAUGGAUUCGGUCCCCCGAGGUUUGGCGGUCGCGGCCGCGGGUUUCAUCGUGGCUUCAACGGUGCCGACCCGGGCUUCGGAGGCAGCUUCGUGCCCUCGCACGGCAUCAGCAGGGGCGGGGCUUACGGCGGCGGAGCUGGUUACGGCCGGGGCGCCGCGGGCUACGAGGGCGCUAUGGGUUACGGCGUGCCUCCGGGUUACGGCAUGGCGGCGGACCCUAGCCUGGCCCGUGCAUACGGAAGCGAAGCAGCGGCUUAUGGGGGGGCAGCAGCCAGUUACGGUGCCUCGAUGCCGGGGUACCCCAGUGCUCGCCGCGCCGCCUAUGACGAGCGAGAUCCGUACGGUGUGGUGGACUUCUACGAGAAGUAUCGGGCGCGUCCGUACGGUGGCAGUUAUUUCGAAGAUCGGCGCGCUGUUCCCAUGCCCACCCCUCCUCCUCCUCCUCCUCCCGCCGCAACCUCCAUCAUGAGGGAUCGCUUGUCCUCCUCUAGCCUCGACCCGUACGAGCGGCGACCCUUACCCCCUCCACCGGCUCCUGGCUCCUCGUACUACUCCCGCGAUCGAAGUCCAAUCCGGCGCGUGCCCCCCGAAGCAGAGGGCUACUCAUACGAGCGCUCGCGGCUCUCCCCGGUCUCCUCGCUUCCUCGGACCUCCGCGUAUGACCUGCCUCGGGAUCCCUAUGCAGAUCGGGCGCGCUACGCUUAUUAGCACCUUUUAGCAGGUGAGAGCUACCUCGACUUUUCUUCAGAUCAGGGCAUGGGUAGAAAUGUUAAUCCAAAUUCACAAAAAUUAUAGUGGGUUGGUGUUAACCAUGUGGUUCGAAUUAUACUGCGUAAAGAGAGUGCCAUACUUGGAUAAGCUUCAUUGGCAAGGGCCUCAAAAUGUACCAGUUGUUAACCAAGCUAUAUCACUUGAGCCUGUGCUGUCGCUCAGCUAGCAAUGCAUGUUGCUUGCAAUGUCAAGGUCAUGGGGUUGAGUUUCCAAGGUCAGUCACGUCGUGGCUAUUUAGGGUUACAGUUUGGAAAAAUUCUGGCAUAGUUAAAUGUAUGCCAUUAAUCUGUCAUAUUUUCUGUGGGAGCAGACCAUACAGAAAAUAUGAAAAUGGACUUGAAAAGAAAUGAAAAUGGAAAAUGAUAAGAAGUGUGUAUGCUAAACCGUGGAUACUCUGAGAGCGCCAGACCAUGGAACUACAAGAUCAAAGGCUAGGACAGGCAAGCCAAUCAGCUGAGUUACUUUUGUAUGGCUACACUGGUAAUCAAGUGUAGUGGAUGAUGCCAUGGAGUAUAUUGUAGUUUUUUGGCUACGGGAAUGUAAAUACGGGGUGCCUCUCAUUUGGGCUUUUAUACGUCCUCCCUCGCUCCUCGGGCCUCGAUCCUCACUGAUCGACAGAAAGGAUGAUGGGGCGAAAACAAUGGGAUAGUCUAUCCAGUGUUAGUUAUAGAUCAGUGGGAACGCCCCUCGAGGAUCGAGCAUCGAGGAUCGAGGAGGCAUGUUGAGAAGCACCUAUGGUUUUAGUGUGUUAGAAAUGAGAGUAGCACAAAACCUCUUGGUAGAUUUGAUUAAGAUGUUUCACAAAUCUUUUCUUCCAGCAGCCUUAUUUUUAUACAAAGGUGUUGAAUGAAUGAAGCUUUUUCACAUAUGCUCAAGGAGCCACUGUAGUUCAUAGAAUUACUUCUUUACAAUAACAUUGUGUCUGUGUGUGAGGAUUAUCUAUUAGUUAAAAAUAUAUAUAUAUCACGUAAAAGGGAAAAAAAGGUUUAUUGGCUUAUUACUUCUAAUGUCAUGUUACUUCUAAUAGUGCCAUGAAAAUGUAAUCUUUCGACCAAUCAGGAUCUAAUCUGACAUUUGCAGUCACACCUGUUAGCUUUUGCCAGGAGGUUGCUAUAACCAUUUGUGUGCAGUACUACCUUUCUGUGUGAGCCAAAGUCCAUGUGGUGUGCUUCCAGUAUCCACAUGCCAUUCACAAACCACACAGAGAAAUAAGGUGCAUGUUUGUGGAACUAUCCCCAUGUCACAGGUAGGGCUGUGCAAUUUGUAAUCAGCAGUUAUGGCUUCCAGCAAUUAUGGAAAUGUCAAAGUAGAAGUACAACAAUUAUUUUUUUCGCAUUCCGUUCUGCAACAUUGCUCACUUUGUCUCGAGUUAGACAUCCAGCGCACCCCCUCAGCGGUAACUGUUGUAUACAUUAACGUUUUUUUGUGUGUAUAUAUAGUAAUAUAUAUAUAUAUAUAUAUGUGUAUAUAUAUACACACACACACACACACACACACACACACACACACACACACACACACACACACACACACACAUUUUUAGAAAAGCAUUGAUGUGUCCAAAAUCAUUGAGCAAUGGUCAAUCAUGAUAUCAAUAUCGAUUGAAAUAAUCAUGAUUAUGAUUUUUGCCAUAAUGGAGCAGCCCUGGCCCCCAGUUGACUCACUGUUAUUAUCUCUUGCAGGUGUUGUAAUUGUCGUGUUACCUCUUGUGCUCGGUCAAGAUUCUUUCAUUGUUUGUUUUGCAGCCCGUGGCGCGUUCCAACAUCAGCGUAUUCGCGGGGCGGUGAAUAUCGCGGACGCGUUACUUCGGUGCGUCGAUGGUCCACGAUUCGGUGUCUGUCCUCACUCAGCAUAUUUUUACUUUUUAAAGUUGCUUCUAUCUAAA